UUUAGCAAAGGUUAUGCAAAGUUAUAUGUACAAGAAGUUUGUGCACCAGGAUAUAGACCGUGUGGAGCACAAGAGUGUAUUGAAGAGACAAAGUUUUGUGAUGGUGUUGUCGACUGUGCAGAUGGUUCUGAUGAAAUUCCUUCAAAAUGCA